GGCUUAGGAUGGAGCUCGGGUACUGCACCCCAAGGAUGCUGGCAGGGACACUCUGACUCCUUAAGGCACAGCUGAGUGUCAGCAAAAAGAGGAGACAUCCACUUCCUAGACCUUGUCCCAGAGGAAAACCCAGCAGUGUUGCUCAAGGCAUCACCCCGCCAAAUGGAGAUCACCAUGGGAGUCACAGGUGAGAAUGCCACUGGCUUCCUGUCUGUGCUUGACCCCCGCAGCGCCCAAGCUGCUUCCUUCCUAUUCAACUUCAGCUAUGGCGACUAUGAUACGCCCUUGGAUGAAGAUGGGGAUGUGACCAAUUCUCAGACUUUCUUUGCUGCCAAGAUUGUCAUCGGUAUGGCCCUGGUGGGCAUCAUGCUGGUCUGUGGCAUUGGCAACUUCAUCUUCAUCAUUGCCCUGGCCCGCUACAAGAAGUUGCGCAAUCUCACCAACCUACUCAUCGCCAACCUGGCCAUCUCUGAUUUCCUGGUGGCCAUUGUCUGCUGCCCCUUUGAGAUGGACUACUACGUGGUGCGCCAGCUCUCUUGGGAGCAUGGCCACAUCCUGUGUGCCUCUGUCAACUACCUGCGUACUGUCUCUCUCUACGUUUCCACCAAUGCCCUGCUGGCUAUUGCAAUCGACAGAUAUCUGGUCAUCGUCCACCCCCUGAGACCCCGGAUGAAGUAUCAAACAGCCACGGGCUUGAUUGCCUUGGUGUGGGCGGUGUCCGUCCUCAUCGCCAUCCCUUCAGCCUACUUCACAACUGAAACGGUUCUCAUCAUCGUCAAGAACCAGGAGAAGAUCUUCUGCGGCCAGAUCUGGCCGGUAGACCAGCAGAUCUACUACAAGUCCUACUUCCUCUUCAUCUUCGGCAUCGAGUUCGUGGGCCCCGUGGUCACCAUGACCCUGUGCUAUGCCAGGAUCUCACAGGAACUCUGGUUCAAGGCCGUACCUGGUUUCCAGACGGAGCAGAUCCGGAAGCGGCUGCGCUGCCGCCGGAAGACAGUCCUGGUGCUCAUGUGCAUCCUCAUGGCCUACGUGCUGUGCUGGGCGCCCUUCUACGGCUUCACCAUUGUGCGCGACUUCUUCCCCACGGUGUUCGUGAAGGAGAGGCACUACCUCACGGCCUUCUACAUCGUGGAGUGCAUCGCCAUGAGCAACAGCAUGAUCAACACCCUGUGCUUCGUGACCGUCAAGAACAACACCAUCAAGUACUUUAAGAGGAUCGUGCUGCUCCACUGGAAGUCUUCUUAUAAUGGGAGCAAGUCCAGCGCAGACCUUGAUCUCAAAACCGUGGGGGUGCCCGCCACAGAAGAGGUGGACUGCAUCAGGCUAAAAUAACCCAGGGGACCUUUCAACGUUUAAACAGGGCCUUUGGGACAUUGACGGGUGUGCUUAGAUACACGCUGUUAACCAAGAACUCUUGGUUUGCCUCAGAAAGCAGAGCAAAUGGACAACUAUGGGAAUAUUGUGUUCAAGGAGCUUAGAUUUUCUAAAACUGAGGUGACUAGACACUAUCACCAGUGACCGACAUUCACUGAACAUCUAAUUUGUGCAAAGAGUAGGCAAUGGUGAAACCUAUAUAUGUUGAUGACAUAUAAUGGGCAAAAAGAAAUAGGGAUUAAACUAAGAAAAAUGUUGGGGCAGCCUGGACUAAGGAGGCCCCAGAGGGGAACCUGAGUAGCCAUCUAGACUGUGGCACUUGUGUUGUAGGAUGAGGUUCUUUCUGGACAAUCUCAGCUACUCAUCAGACUCUGAUGUAACCCAUCUCUGGGAUUGUUCUUAGGCUUCAGUUCACUCCUAGCAUUUGUGGAGUUGGAGCAAGAAUACAAAACAGCCUCCCAGUUCUUUGUUCAAUCCUUUUCUUCUCAUUCUUGAUCCUGAUCUCACUGUGAGGAGCCUUACGUGCAUGCACAUGGACAACUCAGUAUGCAUGGCCAAGUUGUGUCCAGACCCUCUUCCUGCAUACUGCCCCAUGGCCACCCUCAGGCCUAGGGCUGUGUCCAUAGGUGGUGAAGCCCAUCAUUCUGAGGAUGAACCUGAGGAAGAAGCCACAGAGACCCUGGAAGCCAUUUGUACAAGGAACUAAGGGGUUCUGGGUACCUGGAGCAAGUCAAGAUGGAAAAGCCUGGGCUCAGAAUGGAUAUGUCCCCUUGGCUUAAUGGACUUCUAACCCUCAAUGGGAGGGGUACAGGUAGAGGACCUUUGAAGUGUGUGAGGCUCUGGGGAGGGGCUCAGGUUCUCUGGGUCUGAGGGUGAUACUGCUCCCACCUCGCAGUUAUUGUGACUCGGACCAGUUAGGCUUCUCUUUAAGUCCUUCUCUUGUCUUCAUGCUUGUGAAGCAUAGAAUCUCUGAACAUAGACACAACACCUCAUGAAUGUGGCUAUCAGCCAUUUUUUCAUUCCCACCAGCUUUUACUCUUAUUGGUACGAUUUAAGGGCAAGAUGCCUUUGUCACUGGUGCCUAGGUCCCAUCAUAGCCAUUAUUCCUUUGGCUUAAAAUUUGAUUCUCUUUUAAAAUGGAGGUAUUUUGGGGAGGCAUAACCCAUCACAUUUCCACUCCUCAGUGACAUACAAGGUGGGGGAGGAGUAACCAUGAGAUUCAGUGACAUAACAGACUUAUGGAGACCUUGUCCCACUUUCUAGUCACCUCCUUUGGUGUUUCUAAUUUUGGAAUUUGGAGUUUUUGAACCAGAAGAUCUGAUCCAGCCUUGGCUUUGUCACCUCUGUGGCCCUGGUAGAGCCUCUUGGAGGGGAUGAAGAUAGUACCUGUGAUAGUUAUUGAGGAGGUGGUUGUAAAGAGCCAGUGAAAUACUAUGUGGGAAAACUCAGCCACUUGGAAUCAAGAGUAGACUAAUAACUGUGUGUAAUGGUGGAAAAGGAAAAGCUUGGCUUAUGUAUCUAGAAACCUCACGAUCUUCCCUUUUCAUUGUCCUUUGUGUAAAUUAUUUCCCGAUACCUCUCAGCAGUGUUAUGGUAGUAUGUUCUUAAUAACAAGGUGGGACAACAAGGCAGUGAAAUUUGGUAGCAGAAGUGUAAAAGGAAAUGGUAGAUCUGUCUCCAGUCAGAAAAUGAGCUCCGGGUUUUAGAAACAUCCAAAUCAAAACACCUUUGUGCCCAUAAAAGCACUAACCAUCCUCCCAUGCCUGUUCCCUAGCCAGCACACAUCUGGGCGGUGCGGUAUUUAUUUUUCAGUCUGUCUUUGUUCUUGUGAGCAUGCACAGCUAUAGAAUUGACUUGUCCUUUUCUUCUUAAAUAAUUCUAGAGCCACAUAUGUAUAAUGCUGUUUAAGUGACACCUGUAUGGCCUUUCCCCCUCUAAAUAUAGUCCAAUCUUUAUUUUUGGUAGCAAAGUUUAUAUUUCAUAGUUAUUUUAUUUCCCUGGAAGAUAUAUUUCAAAAAUCUAUUAUUUUUCCAUUCAUCAUUCAGCAGAUUUACCCUACAGUUUAAUCAGAAUACUCUCAGAGAAAAAAUAAAAACUAAUUAAAGUAUUAGCCUAAAUCCAACAUGCUUUGGAAGGCAAUUCUUCCUUUUAAUAUUGCAUUGUAAAAUCAAGAAAGUUAGCUUUAAUUUUUGUAUGAAAUUAAAUUUUCAUUUAUACAGCAUUCAAAAUUAUAGUUUACAUGUAUAUGACUUCUAAAAUAAAGUGUGGCAACAUAAUCUUUUCUGUAAAAAUAUUCCACACACAUGCAUAUGAUCUAAAUAAUCUUCUUGGUUGAGAACUUUCCCAUGCACAGUAAGUUUUUAAAAAAGAAUUGACUAUAUCAGUAUUUCCAAUAUUAAGAUAACUGGGUGCCACCUGGUGUUCAAUUUCUGCAACUACUAUCUUUACAAAUUAAAAACUGCUAUUCAAACCCAGGUUCUAAAAUCUACAUCUCGGAAAUAUCCAUUGAUGUUUAUAGUGGCAAAAGAAGAUCAUGAAAAGAAUGUAUGUGAUACCAAAAUUAGUAUAAAAAUAGUCACAUGCUAACUUAAAUAUGAAAAACAGACCUAAUCAUUUCUGACUGCAGAUGCAAAUUUUUGCCUCCCUUAAAUUUUUUCAAAACCUCAAGGGUACACCUAGCUAACUGAAAUACACAGAAAGUCGCUGUACAGUCAACAGGCCAGCCAAAACUAGGGCUCGCUCAUAACCCACGGGAAUAGGACAAAUGGUUUAUUCAAAACAUCCAUUUACUUACUGAAAGUGAUCAAAAUAGGAAAGGUAAUGCUUUCUCUCUUUUUGAAAAUAGUAGAUGUGCUCUUUUACUCAUAAGCUCCAUUACAUCAAAAGAACAAAGUGGCUUAACAUUUCAUUUAAUUCAGCACUACCAGUUUGCAGAGAAAUACCUUAGAAACAAAUCAUUCUGCUUUAACCAACUGCAUUCCAACUAAUGAUAAAUGUAAUCUUCUUUCAUAGGCCACAGCCAAAAUCCAAAUUGUUGAACAAUCCUCAGAGAAAUUGGAAUGUAAAAUGUUGAGGUCAAUUUAGAUAUCAUCCAUGUCUUCAUCGACAUCUCCCAAACUGGAUUUCAUCAUUAUCUGCAGGGCCGAAUGUAUGCUUCAUUGAUUUUUAGCUCGCCACAUGCCCUCAGACUUCUUGCAUCGUCUGCAUUGUAUUUUAAAAUUACAUCAGCUUUAUUGUCCUGUUGUCUCAUAGACCAACCUAUAUUAUAUCUGAUGUAUUUAUCCCAACCUUUUUUCUCUAUUUCCCGAUGAUGUGACACAGCCUCUUUACACCAUCAAAACGUGUUGCUUCUAAGCAGCCAUUUCCCAACAUUUUGAUUACUUGAGCAUAAUCUUGCCCAUCUUCUUCAACCACUAGUUCUUUUUUCAGAUCCAUUCUCAUUCUUACCUCCAUGCCUAUUUUUACCUCCUUUCCCUCCAUCCUUUGGCAUGGUGGUAAAAACAGCCUCGCUGCAUCUCCGACUCCUACCUGGGUGGUGGCCUAUUCGGGCAGUGGUGGCAGCAGCUACAGCAGCAGCUUCUCCAACAGGCACUAGAGGCAACACAUCAAGAAAGUUUUUGACUAAAAAAAUGAUAAAAUGAUAUCAUUUGUUAUCACUGUGUUCACCUUUUCCAUUAGGAAUACUAAACCCCAGUUGGCUAUUUUAAACAGGAGCUGUUUAGAUGUGACAGCCUAACCUCUUUGGGCUUUUUAGCCUAAAAUAUAUAAAUUUUUCAUUCACUAUCUGUAAUAUUUCUAGAUAUGGCGUCUCUUUGUGAUUUUAAUUGUUGAAUGAAAUUGUUGUGGGGUUAUCAACUGAAAUAAAAAAUCGUACAUAUAUGAUCAUU